GUACCAGGUGUUCCGGAAAAUGGUCAAGUUGUGGAUAUUGGCACUGACUGUGCGACAAUACGGUGGGAUGCGCCAAGUGAUGACGGCGGAAGUGCUAUAACCGGUUACGUGGUCGAGAAAAAGGAAGCUUCGAGACGCGCUUUCCAUCGUUUCACUCAGGUGUCUGGCACAACGCUGAUGUGUGUUAUCGAUGAACUGGAAAUGAAUACUGCUUACAUCGUACGCAUUGCCGCCAUAAAUAAAUAUGGAACUGGUGAAUUUAUGGAAUUGUCUCGCUUCCAGACAGCGACACCAUUCUCAGCCCCAACUGUGCAGCGACCACCCAACAUCAGAAAUAUUACCAGUGAGAGUUGCACAUUGGAAUGGCCUGAAGUGCAGCUGGACGGCGGUUCCCCAAUCUACGGAUACGACGUGUUCAUGCGUAAGGAUAAAGCUGCUUGGAUCAAGUUAAACGAGGAAUUGUUGUUCACUCGGCAAUUCACUGUGUCAAACAUCCAGCCUGGACCCGUGUAUGAAUUCAAAAUCGAGGCAACCAACGAGGCCGGCUUAACAUCCAGCUCAAAUAUUCCAUCCGAACCGCUCAUAAUUUCUGCAGCCGCGGAAGAGUUACCGGUUUUGGCCGUACCGAUGGUCGAAGUGGUCAGCAGUGAUACAGUGAGACUGCAGUGGACUGAAGUUGCCGUCGAGAAAUGCAACGUGACGUCUUUUGUUGUGAAAUAUAAAUCGGAAAAAGGAUCAGUUUGGUCGGAGAAGGAAACGGAGCACUCACCUCUUCAAAUAGACGGCUUGAAAGAGGGCGUCUCGUAUCUAUUCAAAGUUGCGGCAAAAAGUGGUCCGACUGUAGGAGAAUUUUCUGAAGAAACAGUACCAAUUCGAGUAGUUGCAGCAAGAAAGCCUGAAAUAACAAAGGGUAUCAAGGAUACGUCAGUAUCCUGCAAACGUGAACUUCGAUUGGAAUGCCAUGCGGUUGGCGAACCCAUACCAGAAUACAUCUGGAGCAAAGAUGGAAAUGAAAUCGUUCCUGCUGACGAUAAUGUUGAGAUUGUGAACGAGGGCUAUAUGAGUGUAUUUUUAAUUCACCACACGACAAUGGACGACGCAGGACUGUAUACAUGUGAAGUCGCAAAUGAUCUUGGCUCUGUGCAUUCCGACGCUGUUGUCACAGUCACUGAAGUGCGUGCACACUUCACCACAUCAUUUCCCGAAUAUCUGGAAGUGGACGAAGGCUCCGAUGCGAUAUUUUCAUGUGAACUUUCCGAUGCUGAUGCAUCCGUUAUUUGGCUGAAAGAUGGGCGGGCAAUAGUGUGUGAUAAUCGGCUAGUCAUUGAACAGGAGGAUGUUGAAAGGCGGCUCACGAUCCGGAACGCAAGACCAGAAGAUUGUGGCGAAUACGAAUGCGCAACAGCCGAUAAGAAGAGUCGAACUCAGGCGGAGCUGGUUGUUAAAGAAGAAGAAGCCCAAAUCAAGCAGGGUCCGCAGGAUCAAGUGGUCACUGAAUUUGGCACCACCCUGGUGCUAACAUGCGAAACGACGAAGCCAGUGAAAAGCGUUAAAUGGUUCAAGAAUGGCAAGGAAAUUUGGUCUCGAUUCCAGAAGUACGCCAUGUCAGUACAGCAGUCAGUGGCUACGCUCGAAGUUUAUAAUUUUGAAGCAAGUGAUCAAGGCGAGUACUCGGUAGCAUUACGCGAAGACGAGAGAAGCGCUCCGGCUAAAGUUGAACUCAAGGUAGUGCCAUUUAUCAAGCUAACUGAGGACAUGGACACUGCUGUGAUGAAAUUGCAUGCUGGCAGCGAUUUCGCUUUUGAACUGGCCUAUGAAGGAUUUCCGGAGCCAACGGCAGAAGCAACCCUAAAUGAACAGUCGGUGGAUAUUGCUCGAUUUCGGAUGCAUACAUACGACGACAAAUUGUCAGUGCGUCUCAGAAAUCUGACCAAACAGGAUUCUGGAUCCCUGAAAAUUAUAAUGGAAAAUGUUGCUGGACGUACGAGCAAAGAGAUUCAGUUGGAUGUUUUAGAUCUGCCUACUGAACCGUUGAAUUUGACAUACUCUGAUUUAACAAGCAGGUCGGUAAUGUUGCGGUGGGAGCGACCACGAGAGGAUGGCGGAUCACCUAUUAAUAGCUAUAUCAUUGAACGAAAAACAACGGGCAUCCAGAGAUGGCGCAGCGUUGGCAAAUGUGAACCACAGCAAUGCAUGUUUCUAGCAGAAGAACUGUAUCCGAGCGAAAGCUAUGGUUUCCGGAUUAUAGCUGUGAAUGAAGUGGGUGAGGGGCCGCCAAGUACUGUCGUUGAUGUAUUCACCAAAAGUGAAAGUUUCGAGCUGGCUGAACUGGCGGAGGAGGCGAGAAUUGUUCUACAAACUCCAAGUCGCCCUGAAGCAACACUUUCCGCAGAUAACCGAAUUGUAUUGCUAACGUGGCGUCUGACAGAGGGAGCUGAUGAAUACAUCGUUGAAAGAAGCGAGCGCGAUAAUGAGUGGAAGCAGAUAGGUGUUUCAACGGAACCGAACUUCGAAGACAGUGUUGAUGAAGACUUGAGCUACAUGUAUCGUAUAAUUGCCAAGAAGGGUGAGCAUGAAUCCAGUCCCAGUGAGCCAACAAUUCAACUGACUGUUCAGCUUCCAGACCUAAUUACUGAAGCUCAGGUGCCGAAAGACGAAGCUGCUGAAGUAGGUCUGAAAGAGGUGCCUGAAACAGUCGAGGAAUGGCAGCUAAUUGAAGAAGAGAAGGCUGAAAAGUUGGAAGCGCAAGCUGCGAAACCGGAAGAGGAGGCUAGACCAGAGAAGGUCCCUAAGAAGAAAAAGAAGUCCGUAAAAAAGGUAACGAAAGAUGAAGUGAAGGGAAAGUUAGAAGCAGAUGAACAAGAAGUUAGGAAAGAAAUGCUGGAAAAGGCAGAUGCAAUAAAGAAAGAGCAAGAAAAGCUGGUUGAAGAGGUCAUUGAACUGAAACGAGAAAUUCAAAAGGAAGAGACAGAAAAGUUUGAAGUAGAGGUUGCGUCGGAGAAGAUAGCUGCAAAACCUCAUGUAGAAGAGCAAGAACAAGUAGCUGAAGAGGCUAAAAAAAUAAUUGAAGAAAAAGCUGAAGCGGAAAAGAAGCGAGAAAUACCUCAAAAGAAAAAGAGGAAAAAGACUGAAGUGAAACCCGAAGAUGAAAAGAAACCAGAAAAGCAAGAUGAAACAGAAAAGGAAAAGGAGAAAGUCGAGUUCAGACCUGAAGCUGAAAAGGAACAGGAACGGCCUCAAGAGCAAAAAAGGAAAAAGUCUGAAGCGGAAUCUGAGGCUGAAAAGAAGGCGGAAGUAGAAACAACACCAGAAGAAAGACCGUUUGAAAAAGUAGUGUCUGAAGAGGAACUUGAAAAAUCAUUUGAAAGGAAGAAAUUAGAACGUGAAAAAUCCGAUGCUGAAAAAAUGCUAGAAGAAAAAGAAAUUAGAUUAGAAGAAGCCAAAGCUGCGAAGGAACUGGAAACCGAGGGUGAAAAGAAGGCAAAACCCGAAAAGAAAAUGGCUAAAAAGAAAGAAGGUAAAAAAGUUGCAAGGAAAGAUAAAAGAGAAGUGAAAUUGGAAGAGCCGGCAAUGCAGGUGCAGCUUGGGGAAGCUGAAGUAGAGAAGAAGCUGGAAAAGCGCGAAAAAUUAGCAGUGAGGCCUGUUGAAAGUUGUAUAAAAAUAGCGUACGGUACGGAGAAUGUGGAGCUAAAGAUUGAGAUCCGUGGUGAGUGCACGAAGUGCUGGUGGACAAAAGAUGCAAAUCUACUUGAUGACGAGCAUGUUGAAACAACCACCAGUAGCUCAGUUUUGCGCAUCGGAAGUGUAGAUGAAACUUAA